GUGUGUGUAAAUGACAGGAGAGCGUGUGUGUGUGUGUGUGUAGACGGCAGAUCACAGCUGGCGCGUGAACAUGGCACCGAAAGAUCCUCUCCUCAGUUCAUUGAAAGUGUGUGUCUUGAACCUUCAGUCAGAUGAAGACUCUACGAUAACAGACGCCAGCCGUCACCUCUCCUCCUGCUGUGAGCUCCUGGAGCUGGUGCUCAGGAAAGGACUCCAACAACCAGUUCUCAGUCUGGUUCACAGAGAUUACUGGCACUGUUUUGAGCAGCUGCCACAUCACGACACCUGCUCCAGGCUCUCCGCUCUGUCGUUGGCCGUGGAGCAGACCAGAGUUUGCAGGAAGCUGCUCUCGGCUCAGGGUCGAGGGCGUUACCUGCUGCGACUGGCCCUCAACCGCAAGACCCUCCCACAGUUCAUCACCCACCUGCUGCACACGCCGCGAGUCCUGGAGUGGUACAGUCCGACACUAUCAAUCCUCAGGAAUGAAGAAUUUUUAGAGCCUUUCAUGUCACUGUUGCUCGUCCUCUCUCACAUGCAGUUUAAACUGGAUAUGGAGAAUUGCAGUUUUCUGGAUGAGAGUUGUCUUCUACCGGUGUGUGAGAUGUAUGAGGUGGUGCCCUGUCGGGAAGUGGGGAUGGUUUUGAGGUAUCUAAGUGGACGCGUCUUUGUCCUCGAACUAGUGCCUGGCAGUCAGGCCCACGUGGACAAGUUUGUGCGUCCCGGUGACAUUAUUGAUGAAAUCAAUGGGACGUCGUUGAGGAAUUCAAAGUGUGGGCAGGCAGGUGUGCUUCUGUCACGACUGAAGGGUUGCCCCCUCUCCAUGCGUGUCCUGCGAUGGCGUGCCCAUGAUGGAACCAUGUACCGGCCUCUUGUCAAGCUCCUGCGGGCACUUAGGACAGAAAACCCCACGCUGCAGCUCAAUCCUGCUCCUUUGCCAAACUCUGUCCCCCCGGAACAGACGCCACCGUCUACUUCACAGUGUCUCAAAGAGGGAAGGAUUGUGAACAUUGUGCAGUUCUUGGGAAAAGCAAGCAUUGGAUUGUUUGGAGGAAAGGAAGUGCUACAGCAAGCAAUUCCACAGGUGUUACAACAGAACUUGCCCAGCAAGGAAGUGCUUUUAGAUAUGAAGGAAACACAUUUGACAUGCACAGAAAGAAGCACCAAACAGGAGCUGUUUGAGCAUCACUAUCCUGAAAUUUCAUGUGUGGGGAGAUACGGCCAACCAGACUAUACGAUAUUUGCCUUCUGUGUGGCAGACUCCCCAGAAACUCCUCAGUCAGGCUUCUGCUGUGUGGCGCUCAAAGCCAGCACCAUCAAGGAGUGUGAGGAGAUUGUGUGUCGAAUAGCUGCUGGGUUCAAACAUACAGAAUGGUUUGUAUGACAAUCAGCUCAUUUUAUUGUAAAUAAAUUAUACUAAUGCCA